GAGAAGGAAGAUGGAGAAACGGCCUGGCGAGAAGGGGAGGAUAAGGGAGGAACAAGGCUAUCAGCGGGAGCAGGUGGUCCAGGAGAAAGUUCAGGAGAAAGUUCAGGUGCCAGUGGAGGAGUUGCACAGGCCUGGCAAAUCGACGGGCAGUGGAAGGGCUUUCCAAGAGGAGACAACGGAGCAGGAUACGGAGCUGGCGCAGAAACGGGCCCUACCACCAGCACUUCACAGCGCUGGUGGCAGGGGGCCCGACAGUUCUCUGGAGUUUGGGCUUGGAAGGAAAGUGGCCACAGCAGGGGGGAGCAGCCGGAUGCAUCAGUCAUCAUUCCCCCUGGUGCAGUCUGGUGCCAGUAACGCUGCCUGCACCAACAGCAGCAGCAGCAGCAGCAGCAGGGGCAGCAGCACCACCACCACUACCACCACCACCACCACGAGCACCAGGAAAUCAUUUGUGCUGGCUGCUAGUGGUGCCAGCCUGUCACACUCGCAUGACAGCAAUUAUCCGCUGCAGGGUGGCAUUGCGGCAACCAGUGACAUGCUACUGGCGUUGGCAAGCAGCUUCGUGGGAAGCACACCAGUAGCAGGAGCAGCAGGAGCAGCAGCAGCAGCAGGAGCAGGAGGAGAGGGAGGGGCGGGAAGAGCAGGAGCAGGAGGAGCACGAGGAGCGGCAGCAGCAGCAGCAGCAGCAGCAGGAGGAGGAGGAGGAGGAGGAGGAGGAGGAGGGGCAGCAGCAGGAGCAGAAUCAGGAAUAUCCACGCCUUUGCCGCGCGCUGUGCCAGGCUGGGAUAUUCACUGCCGCAUCGACCACCUCAUGCACUGGUAUGCCACCCACACACCCACUCAUAACUGCACUGAUGUUAACAGUGAUGUUGAUGGUGGUGGUAGCUGGGGAAUGGGUAGGGGCGAUGGUGGUGAUGGUUACAGUGGUGGUGGUGGUGGUGGUGGUGGUGGUGGUGGUGGUGGUGGUGGUGGUGGUGGUGGUGGUGGUGGUGGUGGUGGUGGUGGUGGUGGUGGUGGUGGUGGUGGUGGUGGUGGUGGUGGUGGUGGUAACAGCAGGGGCAGCAGUGGUGGUGAUGGGGAGGGUGGUGGUGGAAGCAAGGGGAGGCAGUAGUGCACGCAAUAAUUGUUAACACCGGUC